CCCCCCUUCCCCCAGACAAAUCAGUAUAUAAAGCAGAAGGUUGGCUGCACAAUGGGCUGUUGGAAAGUUCUCCUGCUUCCCAGGAUCUUCUUCUCACUUUGCAGUUGCCUUUAGGUUUCUAGUGCAUCUGGAAGACCAUGGGACCAUCCACCAUAUUCCUUGUGUCUCUGUUUUCCCUAUUGAUCCCGGCUCACUCGGCCCCUGAUCCCACCCUGGACUCUCACUGGCAGCUGUGGGUUAAAACUCACCAGAAGACCUAUAAGGAUGCGGAGGAGGAACAUGCAAGAAGGACCAUCUGGGAGGAGACACUGAAUUUUAUCAGAGUCCAUAACUUGGAAUAUUCCUUGGGACUCCACACUUAUGAUGUUGGAAUGAACCAUCUGGGAGAUAUGACAGGCGAGGAGGUGGCUGCAACAAUGACAGGUAACACUGACCAUUCAUUGGCCAACAUGAACGAUGUACCACAUGAGUUAUUAAGGACUAAGACACCGGCAUCAAUAGACUGGAGAAGCAAAGGCUGUGUCACCCCUGUGAGACGUCAGGGAUCAUGCGGCUCUUGCUAUGCUUUCGCUAGCGUGGGGGCUCUGGAAUGCCAAUGGAAAAUGAAGACAGGCACGCUGGUCAUUUUCAGCCCACAGAACCUGGUGGAUUGUUCCUACAUGUAUGGAAACAACGGCUGUAAAGGGGGAACUUCCAAUUCUUCUUUCACAUACAUGAAGAAAUAUGGAGUUAUGGAGGAAUCCGACUACCCUUAUAAAGCAAAGGAGGGACAGUGCAAAAACAAGGAGCCAAGUAAUGUUGGACUUAUAAAGGAUUUCCAACGUCUACCUGCUCGCAAUGAAACUAUUCUAAAGAAAGCUGUGGGAACUAUAGGACCCGUGUAUGUUGAUAUAGAUGCCAGUCAUCAAGGGUUCCGUAUGUACAAGUCAGGUAUUUAUUAUGAUCCAUAUUGCAGCACCAAAACAUUAAACCAUGCUGUCCUAGUGGUUGGAUAUAGUAUUGAGAAUGGUCAAUAUUACUGGCUGGUUAAGAACAGCUGGGGAGAAGACUAUGGAGACAAGGGAUACAUUAAAAUGGCUCGAAAUCGGGACAACCACUGUGGCAUUGCCACCAGACCUGCCUAUCCCAUUGUGUAACGCCCCAGGCCUGUCAGAUCGAAUAGAACGGGAUUUUACCUACUGUAAAUAUUUCUCCCUGAAUGUUUUAUUUUUUGAUAAUGUUGUUUUUUGUUUUGUUUUCUAAAUGUCUAGAUUUCCUUCUACAGAAGCAAAGCAGACAUUCCUUUUCUGUUAUACACAUAAUUACACACAACACA